AUGAACAAACGCAACAUUUGGAAGUAUGAAGAGACGAAGGAAAUGCUCCAGAUCAUGCAGGACAACAAUUACGCCGGUGCGUUCAGCAGCAAGCACAAGCAGAACAUGGAAAUAUUUCGCAAGAUCGAGAACAAAAUGAUCGAGAGCGGCUAUCCGUACAAAAACUACAUGCAGAUCGGUGUGCGGUGGAAGAAUUUGAAAAACCUCUACACGAAGGCAAAGCGUAGCAACAGCAAAAACGAGCAGCAGCUCUUCCCGUUCUACGAUGAGAUGGACAAUCUGCUGAAACGGGUCGGCAAGAGUGUUGCUGGCGAGGAGUGCAUCAGUGCACUGGAUCCGGGCGAGCCGGUGAGCGUUAAAAUUAACACUUCAGCUGCGUCAGAGUUGAGUACGAGCGUGCAGGGCGAUACAGCAUCUGUCGACAACAAUUCACCAUCCCAACCGCCACGGAGCGUUGCAGUUCAACGGGCAAGCGUGUCCACUAGCAAAACGUUAGGGCGCUAUACGGCACCGGGUCAGAAGAAGCCUACGCGAAAGAACGCACUCGACACCACGAUAGCGAUGAGCAAGCAGGAGCUUAGCGAUGAGUUCUACCGCAGCCAGAAGCGGUUGAUCGAUUACGAGUUUAGCCUGUACGUGCGCAAGGAGGAGGAACUGAUCGACCGGAUACAGGAGACGACGCGGACCAUGAUGGAGGAAAAUAUGAACACAUUUUUUACCCGCCUAAAGGACGUGCUGGCGGGCCCGUCCGUGCAGCAGGUUGAGGUAAUCGAAACGUACGAAUAA